AUGUCGACUCAACCAACUAAUUCUUUGCAAAUUACUCCUGUUCUUUCUUCUCCUUUGCCUCCUCCACCACCAGGACGUGCUUCUUAUCGAAGAAACAGGAACAAUGUUGCUCGAACUUCUGCCCAGGAAAAAGGAAAGGAGCCAAUGGAUUCAUUCCAGAUCCCAGACUUAUCUGGAGAAAUUCCGGCAGGAAACUCAUCUCAGGAGAAUGCAAGAUCAAGCCAGACUCAAAGGAGUUUUUACGACGAUUAUGGCAAUCCGGAUCCCUACAAUACCGGAUCUAGGAAUAAUCUUGAUAAGACAAUUAAGACUAAUCAAGAAUAUAAUCAGGCACAAUUCAAAAUUCUUGAGUCAAGGAUUUUUGAAAACAGACCACCGAUGACUCCUAGGAAUUUGUUUUCAACGACUCCAACUGCUCCUGAGUCUGCUCCUAUUAAUAUGUCGAUGCCAACUGCGACUCCUAAUUUUGGGAGUAAUAUUCCGCAAAACACUCAUGUUGCUGGAACAUCGGCCACCAUGAGUACAGGUUUGAAAAAUUCUAAUAAUUUUGCUGGAUCUUUUGCUUUUACUAAUCCAUCGCAAGGACAAGGAGCAAAUGAUUACAUCGCUAGAGAAUUUCAGAAGAUUAAAGACAUGAUUUCGAGCGUCCCUGGAUUUUGCAAUCCAAUUCCUAAAGUCAACCCUGCGUCCUAUUUAAUCAACAGAUAUGGCGACAGGAUUACGAACGUAGAAAUCCCGAAGAAAUUCCAAGUUCCAAAUAUGAAACCAUAUGAUGGAACCACUGACCCACAGGAGCAUAUCGAGCUGUAUCUGGAGAAAAUGGAAACGGUGCUGAUUCCAUCAAAUUUGAAACAAGCUUGCUUAUGCAGAAGCUUUGGAUCGACACUAUCUGGAUCAGCCUUAAAAUGGCUGCAGAGUUUGCCUCCUCUAUCUAUUAAUUCUUUCGCUGAUUUAACAAAUUUAUUUUAUAGUCAAUUUUCAUGCAGUAGGACUUUUGAGAAAUUGACUGAUGAUCUAUAUAAAAUAAUUCAAAAACCGCAUGAAUCACUUAGAGAUUUUAUGACUAGAUUUACAAAAGAAUCUCUUAAUAUUCCUAAAUUAGAUAUGUUGACCGCUAUUCAAGCUUUGCAGAGAGGUCUCCAUAAAGGAUCUAAAUUCCAAGAAGAUCUCAUUAUGACGCCAUGCAGAAAUUUAGAUGAAGCAAAAGCAAGGGCAGCAAGAUUUAUAAAGCUCGAAGAAAAUGAACUUACAACUUCGAAAUUAGAUGCCUUAUCAUAUGAUCGUCCAAAUCAGAAGGCAAAAACCCCGGUGUUUAAACCGAGACACAAACCUUACUCAAGACAUGUAGAUGAUCAAGUCAAUGUCGUUGAAGAAGAUGACGGGGUCGAAUAUCUAACUUUGGCAUCAUACUGUUUCUCUGUAGGAACUCAUGGCAUUAUAAUGGCGCUUAGAGAUCUUGGAGACAAAGUAAGAUGGCCUCAGAAGAAAAAUGACGGAUACUUCAAGAAGAAAUAUCCUAGCCAGUGGUGUGCUUAUCAUGAAGACUUUGGCCAUAUCACCGAAGAUUGCAAGAUGUUAAGAAGAGAAAUAUCCACUUUAUUAGCAAAAGGAUAUUUGACUGAACUCCUUGGAAGGAAGAAGGCCAAAGAUGUUGAAGGCUUGGACUUCUCCAAACCAAAAUCAACACAAAAAGCAGAUUCCCCACCAGCGAAUGCAAAAGUAAUUAAUACCAUCUCUGGGGGAUCGGAAGUGUGCGGGACAAUAUAUUCAGCAGCAAAAAGACUUGCAAAGCAAAGCAAAGCAGAUAAAGGAGAAAGAAGUGUGAAGAAAGCAUUAAUUUCGGACUCAGACAUUAUCUACUUUGAAGAAGAUUUUGAUGAUAUCAUGGAACCUCAUCAUGAUGGGCUGGAAGAAGAUAUCAAUGGAAAGGCUUCUCCAUUGAUUGGAUUCAGUGGGGAAACUAAAUAUACAGUGGGUGAAAUAAAAUUACCAGCUUAUGUUGGAGGGAUGAAUUCAAUGCAGAAAUUCUGUGUCGUAGAUUCUCUCCCAGGAUGCAACAUAAUCUUGGGAAGACCCUGGAUACACGAAAUAAAGGCAGUACCUUCAACAUAUCACCAAUGUGUUAAACUUCCAACACCUUGGGGAGUAGUUACUGUCAAGGGAGAUCAGCAAGAAGCAAGAGAAUGCUACACAUCCAGCAUGAAGUCAGCUGCAAAGCCAAUUUCACAAUAG